AUGGACGACCAGCAGAACAUCACCUCCCCAUUAUUGGGUCAUAUUUCUCCAGACCAUUCAAUGCUGAAGUACCUUAACAGCACUGAAGAAUAUUUGGCAUAUUUGUGUGGCCCAAAACGCAGUAGACUGUCACUGCCGAUGACUCUAGUCUAUGCUGUUAUAUUUUUUGUGGGAGUAAGUGGGAACAUAUUGGUGUGUCUUGUUAUCUUAAAGCACCAUAACAUGAGGACUCCAACCAACUACUAUUUGUUCAGCCUUGCUGUGUCUGAUCUUCUGGUUCUUCUCCUUGGGAUGCCACUUGAAGUGUAUGAGAUGUGGAGCAACUACCCUUUUCUUUUUGGAGCUUGGGGUUGUUAUUUCAAGACAGUCCUAUUUGAAACUGUUUGUUUUGCCUCAAUCCUAAGCGUGACCACAGUAAGUGUGGAAAGGUAUGUGGCCAUCAUCCAUCCAUUCAGAGCCAAGCUCAAGAGCACUCGAAGCAGGGCACUUAGAAUUCUCAUCACUCUAUGGAUCUUGUCCAUCCUGUUUUCAAUUCCCAAUACAAGCACACACGGAAUCUUACUGCAGUACUUUCCGAAUGGGAGUCUUGUCCCCGAUUCCGCUACAUGCACAGUAGUCCAACCUUUGUGGAUUUAUAACUGUAUUAUUCAAGUGACUUCUCUGCUCUUCUAUGUUCUUCCAAUGGGAGUUAUAAGUGUCCUCUACUGCUUGAUGGGAAUCAAACUCAGAGGUGACUGUUCUUUGGAGGCGGAUAAAAUGUCAGUAAGCAUCCAGAGGCCAUCUCGGAAAUCAGUCACAAAGAUGCUGUUUGUCUUGGUCAUGGUCUUUGCCAUCUGCUGGGCUCCAUUCCAUGUGGACAGACUUUUCUUUAGCUUUGUGGUGAACUGGACCGAACCUCUGGCCGAUGUCUUUAAUCUCAUCCAUGUUAUAUCAGGUGUCUUUUUCUAUCUCAGCUCGGCUGUCAACCCUAUAAUCUACAACCUUCUCUCCAGACGCUUCCGAUCUGCGUUCCGAAACUUCCUUCCACCCCUUUUCAAGCACUGGAAACCCAAACUUCCAGUUCAAGGUUUAGCACCCCAAAAAAGCAUCCUAAUCCUUUCGGAACGAACCCGCAAAGACUCAACAGAAGAAGGAAGUCCUUCUUUUCCUCAUCGUACCUCAGUCUGCAGCUCCCACCUCUCCACAGUCUUGUAAGAUUCUUAUGCAUGUUGGUUGACCAUAAUUUAUAAGCCUUGAAGGACAUAGUUUUUGGCACGAACGGUGUAUAUAAAAUAAGGUCUCUUGAAAUAACCUUACCGUGUUGAAAAUAUUGA